UUUGUUUACAUUUUAUAAAUCACCCUUAGGGAUAAUAUUCUCUAUAAAAAAGCAUUACUCUUAUUUACAUAAUAUUAUUUAUCCAGUAUGAUUAACCCUUAAAAAAGCACUAAUUUAUUAAUUAAUAAUGUCUGAACGUCUGUUGGAUACCGAGGGAUGGAAAGAAGAGGCGCAAGCGGUGAUUAACGACGUUAAAGACCAAGUGAAAUCAAUCGAAAUUUCCACUAUACCCAGUUCAAACUCUUGUAUUUUCCUGAAUGUGGAAACGCUGGAAGGUGAAAAAUACACCUUCGAACUGACAGUGCAAGGAUUCAAGUUCUGCGGCAAAGGAUUCAACGAGAAUAAUUGGGAAAAUAAUCAGUACUUCGAGACUGUUUAUGCCCUCCUGAAUUCGGUCAGUCCUCGCUUCAAGGAGGUCUUUAUGGACGUUUUGUUUAAGAAGUUGGCUUAUUGCAAGUAGUGUUGUUAACUGGUAAUGUAGUUUUAGUAUGUAUGCACAAAACGGUAAUAUAUCAUACAAUAAUCAUAGUAAA